AUGCGCAAAUUCUUCAGUCUGCUCUUGGGGGGAACCCUUGGCCCCGUGGGUGAAGUCUGGACAACGUAUUCCAACAUUCAGAACUUCUACUUUGGCAUCGUCUUGGCAGCAGCGACAACAAACACCUUCUCCCUGAGACCUUCUCAAGCCACAUUUGGAGACAAGGCACGUUCCAGCGACGACUACAGCCCCGGUAACGACAACUGGAAAAUUGGUAUAUCGUCGAUAUUUGCAGAUGCCAUUGGUCUUGCUCCAUUUAAAGAUACCUUCUGGACUACUACCAACCAGCCAGGAAACUCUUACAACAAGUCUGAGCCAAACCCUGGUCUCCAUCUGACGGUGGCUACUCUCAGCACUGCGGCGGUUGGGCCCGGGGAUUCUGUGACAGGCAUGAAUGUGUCCUUGAUUGAAACAUGCUGUGACUCAGAUGGAAGGAUAUUAAAACCAACGGAACCAGCUAUGGCCAUUGAUGCGCAAAUUCUUCAGUCUGCUCUUGGGGGAACCCUUGGCCCCGUGGGUGAAGUCUGGACAACGUAUUCCAACAUUCAGAACUUCUACUUUGGCAUCGUCUUGGCAGCAGCGACAACAAACACCUUCUCCCUGAGACCUUCUCAAGCCACAUUUGGAGACAAGUUGCAGUAUGGAAAGGUGUACCCACCACAGUCCUGGACGUCACUCACGGAUUUCAACGAGAGACAGCCUAUAACGAUCCAGGCCUGCUCAACACAGCAUUACUGCCUGUAUUACAUAUCUCCAGUUCUCAUUAACAACCCCGAGGUUGUUCUGCUUGGCGAAGUGCCAUCUAAGGUGGUGCCAGUAUCCCCGCAACGCUUCAUUCAGAUAUCUAUAGACACGGAUGUCGCCUUGACCUUGACUGGCGGUGUCAAGGAGAACGUCACUGUCUGGUACAGCGUCAGCGGAACGUCCAAAAGCCACACCUGCCAGCUUGGGACAACAGGGGAGGCAACUCUGACACUUCUCGGGGGAAUAUGUAGACCAAACUAAUUAUCUAUUGUCAUGUAUAUGUUUUCGGUUCAAUAAGAGGCCUUGCUUACGGAA